UUUCCUGCAUGAUGAAUUCAGAAACUUGAUUGGGUUUAAAAGUUUUAAACAGAACACCAUCAUUUAAACAUAACAACGACAUCUGCUGACAACUACUUUGUUGAUAAAAAAGAAAACAAUCAUUUAUUUUAACCAAUCAAAAUGAAGAAAUACAAUUCUAUUAUAAUUCAUAUGUGUUCAUAUUGUAAGUAAGUUAUUUGAAUUGUAUAAAUCGACUUAUGAACAUCAACAAGAGACUAUGUUAGGUGCGAAUUUGUUUGGACUUUUAUGUGUAGCAGCACUAGCAUAUGGGGAUAAACAAGUCGACACAUUCGAGUACCAUGCCAAGCUUCUUGAAAAGAUGAUUCAUAUUGAAAAGAAAAUGGAAAGAAUGGAAAACGACUUGAAACAAGCUAAGACAGAAGUUAACAUUUUCAUAAAUGAUCAAACAAAUAUCUUGGAAAAUAAAACUGCAGAAUAUGAAUUACUGGAGGGUAAAGUUGAUCUGCCGAUAAUUGCCUUUAAUGCGUAUCAGGUACUGGACACCUCUCCGGAAACAAAUCAAAUAAUGAUAUGGCAACACAUCCGGCUGAACGAAGGGAAUGCGUAUGAUAACGUGGUAGGGAAAUUCAAGGCACCUGUAUCAGGACUUUACCAUUUUGCCGUACACAUUUGUAACAACAGUGGUCAGGUGAUUACCUAUGCUAUCGUCCUUGAUGGAACCUAUAUUGCCCAGUCGUACAAAUAUGACAAUGCCAUCGUCGAAUGUGGUUCAAUUAGUGCCAUCACUAAAGUAACAACUGGACAGAUGGUGUGGGUUAAGUGCAUCAGUGGAAGCGCCAGUACUUCUCAGAUAUGGAACCCGCCAAUGAGUUCCUUCACUGGCGCACUCAUUCAUAGAGUAGAAUAGAAAAACUGUUGUCUGAAGGGCAACUUUUGCUUACAAUUUCGUAUUAGCUUUUGAAAAUUAUAAAUGUGCAUUAUUUGUGAUACGAAAAUAAAACGUUAUUUUGUCUCUUGCUGAAAACUAGUGGUUGAAUAAUACGUUAAAAAUUCAUAAUGUACUUGAAAAAAGGGAAAAAAGAGAGAGAGAAAGACACACACAAAAAAUAAACCCAAAAACAAGUGAAAACAGCAACAACAACAACAACACAACCUUAUAUAUUCUUUUUGUAGUGUUAAUACCUAUUUAACAUUUUGUUUUGAAAUAUGAAUCCAAUGUUUUUCAAUUAAUUAACUGAAUGCAUGAUUAAAUUGCCUAUACAUGUACAAAUAUCUUUUAUCGUGAAAUAAGGUAAUCAUUUCUUCUACAAGAUAAUUGAGUAGAAGAUAUAUUCCAUAUUAACAGCCAGUAACAUGAAAUUUGAAAAGAUCUGAUUAAGUAAGCAUAGACAUUUCUACGGCUGAAUCGCUAAAAGGAGACAAUGUUGCGUUUGAAAUACCAUCGCACCUGUAAAACCUAAACAAUCGAUUAUACUCACCAACGAAAAUCCCGUCCUUAUUAUGGAACAUAUAUGUGUGCUCUAUUGAUUGAUGCCAAGUUUUUAAAAUUAUAUAGAGACUUGGCUGAGUUAUGACUUGAGCAGAACCAAAGCACUGGAAGGGCGCAGGAGUUGCUACCAUUGUAUAACUAAUACCAUAGAGGUAUAAUGAAAAUUGUGUAAUAGUGUCAUAUUAUUGUAGUGUGGAAAUUGACUUUAAAUAAUAUCUUUUGGGGUUGUAACAGGGACUAGGGGAUAAUAUCAGAUCAAAGUGUUUUAUUCCUGUGGGUAGAACUAGAUAAACAAUUUUUUCAAGGAAUAUCCAAAUGAAACGUUUCUGAUGUUUUUAUCAAUAUUUGAAAUAUUUGUUGAAAAUGUGCAAAUUGUAGACCAAUCCACUUUAAAAAGCAUUUUUCAUCUUGAGCCUGCAGACGGAUCGGGACAUUCCUUUAUGUCCAAAAGUUCUUAAAUACAAUGUUUAUACAAAUAUUUA